CCACACAAUGUCAGCGCCACUUAAUAUACGCCGAAGUGCAGCAGCAAGCAUCGCGCGCUCGUUAUUUUUAAUAUUGUUGCUCAGUUGCCAAGGUAUUUCUGGCAUUUUGGGCAAAUCACAGCUGUGUGAAGUUGAAACGGGACAAACGAAUAUUAUAUUGGAUAUAGAAGAGAGUCGUGGUGAUUUUAUUGGCCAACAAACCACGCCGCCGGAGUUGCCAAUCUACGGUGAUCCCUACACGGAAAUUGCAUCGAUCGGCCUUCCUAAAGGAACCUGACAUUCCUGCUGAUUGCAAGAAAUUGUGAAGCUGCUGCAGCCGCUCGAUCGCGAUGAGGAGAAUCUGAGUCACACGUCUUCAG